GUCCUGAUCUUAAAAACGUUCUUAGAGAGAACUCUUAUUUAUUGUUCUAAAAACAAAAUCAAAAUCAAACGUAAAAUCGUUAACUCUUCAGUGAAAACUUAGACACAUACAGUUUUUUAAACAAGUGAAUUGUAAAAAAGAACCAUCGUUUAUUUAAAAUGGCACGACAAAUUCAAAAAACAUUAAUUUUUGUGACAGUGUUUAUUUCGUUAAUUGUUUUAAGCAGUUGUAAAAGUUUAGUUUUAAAGAGAGCAAUCGCUGAAAAGAAUUCGGAUCUUGGUGAACAGAAACGGAUUUGUAAAAAUCAAACACCUUGCGGAUGGGCCGUAUAUACUUCGAUUACAAAAACUAUUGACUAUUUUAUGACGAAUUCACGUUGUUCCUGCCCAGAAAAUUUCACAUGUGGUCGAACUGAUGACGACUUAUCAAUCAGUGCGUAUGUUUACAGAUGUUUAAAUGCAACCCAAGCUGCAGCGAAUCCAGAUGAUCCGUUUGCAUUUCGACCAAAAGCUACGUGAGACUUAAACUAAGCAAAGUAUACUAUUUAAAAAAAAAAAAGCAACCACCGUCCAACAUAUCGUCUCGUGCUCUCGUAAGCUAAUCCAAAGCAAAAUUAAAAACAAUGUGCGCAUGCGCAUUCAAAAUAUGUUGUAUAAUCAAAAAAUCAUUUGAUCCACUUGUAAAUAUGUUCAUUGUUCAUUGAAAAUUAGAAAUGGAUGCUUCUCAUUUUUAGUAAGUGCAGCUUCUUGCCAAGAAGAUCACGUGCUAAUGUUUGGUGUCUGUUCGCGGCUAAUUUUCUAGUGUAGAUGUACAUUUUAUUGUAAGAUUUUAAAAAUUAAAAUACUUUUUUAUCGGUUCUGUUGGUUACAUGACAUCAUCCAAGGGAGAUGUUGUGACGUCAUUAAAUCUAACAUGAUGACGUUGUACGAUCUCUUGUCAUGUAACCUUUACCUAUUUACACAAGAUCUUAGUUAGUUACAAAAGUAAAUUAUUGUAAAUAUUUUUUAUUUAAGGAUUAAAACUUUUUAAUUUAUUAAAUUUUAAGACAAUCAAAAAUUUAUAUCCCCGUAUUCAAAAAACAUUCAAUGUUUUGUUAUAAGCAAACCAAAUUCAUGUCCAAUUUCUUCAUGUUAGAACUCAUUUUUUUUUUUUUUGGUAUGUAAUUCGCCGUGUUAGUCUCGCCAUAUUUGUUUAUAAUAUGAAUCAACAAAUGUGAGGAUUUAAAAAGAAUAUAAACCACGAUUAUCUCUUAACCUGAGAUGGACAUAACUGAUC